UGAUUGCAAUCGUUCAUUCACGUUCUGGACAAUACUGAUUUUAACCUCGGCUCAAGUUUCACUUGUGCGUUUUCUUCUGCGAAAGCUUCUCACACGUGAAUCAAUUUUUCGGCACAAUACACUGAAAAAAAAGUGAUCGAGUGCUUUUUAUAAUAGUUAAAGUGUUGUAAAUGAGCUGACGUGUUUUCGCGAGUUUUUUUUUGUUGUUAAUUUUGAUUGUUUUUUUUGAAUUUUUUUUCCUAGUUUUGUGUAUUUUUUGUGCGCCUACUUAGAUGGUUGUGAUAUUUAUUAUUGAAAGAGAAAUACUUUUUAGCGUUAAAUAAAAAUAUGAAGCAGAUUGUAUGCAAUACGAAAGAAUCAAGAUGGAACGAUUAUCGAGCGGUCAUUGCUACCUUUAUAACGCAUUUGAAUUCGAUAAAUGUUGGCAUGUGUCAAGGAUAUUCGGCUAUUCUUCUUCCUCAGUUACUUAAUCCUAUCGACGAUACAGAUGAUGUGUUGAUGAUCAAUUCGGAAGAGGCAUCUUGGAUAGCCAGUUUGGGAGUAUUAUCAAAUCCAGUCGGAGCCCUGCUAUCUGGACUGUUGAUGGACGCAUGUGGUCGAAAGACAACGAUUCUAUAUACAACGAUUCCUUUCGUAUUCGGAUGGACAAUCAUAGGCUUAUCAGAAAAUCUUUAUACGUUAUGUUUAGGCAGAUGCAUAUCCGGCUUAGCAAUAGGUAUGUCAUCAUCGUGUUACGUUUACGUAGCGGAAAUCAGCACCCCAUCUAGUCGUGGUUUUCUCUCAGCAUUUGGUCCUGUAUUCGUAUCAUUGGGUGUACUGGCGGUGUACAGUCUCGGUUACAUCCUGGACUGGAAAACAUUAGCGUUCAUAUGCUCGAUAACGGCUGCGUUAUCGUUCGUAGCCAUUUUGUUCCUACCAGAAUCUCCGUCUUGGUUGGCAACAAACGGAUCGUUGGAUGAGGCGACCAAAGCUCUGUUAUGGUUCCGUAAAGAUCAAUCGGCUACCGAUAAUGAGCUAGCGGAUAUUCUGGAGACGGUGAAGAUAUCUCGUAAUACUAAACCUCGGUCUGUCAAAGAACUCGUACAGUAUUGUCGACGAGGAGCUGUUUGGAAACCAUUCCUUAUUCUGGUGGCUUUCUUCGUCUUCCAAGAGUUAUCUGGGAUCUAUAUCGUGUUAUAUUACGCGAUCGACUUUUUCGACCGAGCUGGUACACAUUUCAACGACUACAUUGCCUCGAUUAUGGUAGGCUCGCUCAGGUUCCUGGUCAGCAUUGUGGGCGCCGUUUGUAUACAGCAUUUUAGCAGGAAGAUCAUGGCUACUACGUCUAGUUUAUUUAUGUCGAUUAGUAUGGCUGUGGCGGCCAUGUACGAGCAUUGGUAUUCGGAGAUGGAAAUCGAUGCCAGGCCUUUGGUGUGGAUACCUUUGGUGAGCAUUUUAAUCAACGUAUCGGCCAGUAUGUUGGGUAUGCUGCAGUUGCCUUGGUUAAUGAUUGGCGAAUUAUUCCCGUUGACGAUUCGAGGCACGAUGGGAGGUUUGGUGUCUUCGUUAGCGUAUCUGUUCAUCUUCGUGACGGUGAAAUUCUAUCCGGCCAUGUUGCAACAUUUGAAAGUCGAUGGAACCAUGUGGAUGUUCUCGAUAGCUUCGUUUUUGGCCAUCUUUUACGUCAUGGCGUGUCUUCCAGAAACCAAAGAUAAGACUUUGUUUCAAAUAGAACGCGCUUUCAUGAAAUCCGAAUCGGGCGAAAGCAAAGAAAACCUACCCAGUAGUAUAAUUACUCAAAAUACCGUACCAACGAUCAGUAUAUCGGUAGAAUGUAAAAGGAUAUAAGUUCAUUAGUACAGUACUCGUACCUAGAGAGCUAGGUAGUCGAAAGUGAUUAAUUUUUUUUUUAAAUACGUCACGUAUAUCGUGCGAACUGAUUUACUUUAUACGUGUCUGUGUAUUUAAAAUUUAAAAUUCUAAUGCGUAUGGAUCUAUAACAACGAUCGUCAUCUGUUGAGUAAAUUAUUUGAGCAAACAUUAAGGUAUUUGCGAAAUUUCUAUACCUACACAAGUAUGAAGACUUGUACACAACCAUUUUGGUUCAUUUGCUUCCUUGUUUCGAAGUUAUUAUUUAAACAACACGUUGCCUCUUUCAAACAUAUUUUUUUUUUGGUUGCAUUUUUCCUCUUUUUUUCUACGUCAUAAAAAGUGUUUAUGGUUACAGGGAGCGUGAGACUUGAGAGAAUAAGGAGAAAAUUGUGCGUGAAGAAGAUAGGUAUGAGUGUUAAUUAAAAGUAUUGUACGUAAAUGGAUUAUGUGCAUUUUAAGUGUUUAUAAUUUUUAUUUAUUUGUAAUAUUAUUUUGGGAAUUUACGUAUCCCAUUUGGUUCCUAUUUUUAUAUUAUGUACGUAGAUGUAGCUUAUGUAGUCGAGAUUUAUGUAACUGUUAAUCAUAUUAAGGUAUACUCGUACGUUGAAAUUAGAGCAAAAAAUAUAAAUGUGAGUACUCGUAUGAUUAAUGGUUACCUUUUUGUAGCGUAAUACCAAGCAACAAAUGUGAUAAUAUAUGGUUUAUUUAUUUGUAUUACUUGAUAAUAUUCUAAGUGUAAGAUUUGUUAUUGUAAUAUUUCAUAAGUCAUAACGUACAUAAGAAUUAUGUACAUUUUGUUUAUAUAUCUGUGUUGUGUAUGCGAAACUUUAAUUAAAGAUUUUUCAAUUUUUA